GAUGCAUAUUCACUGCCACGGUCGCGUGCCCAAUAACUCGUAUUGGGAAUCGUAUUUAGCGUAUUCAGUCUACUACACAACGUCGAGACGGUUAGCCGUGCCGUACGAACGAAUAUCGUGAUAUUCUAGUGAUAAUGAUAACACCACAGCUAGAACACAACAUAACUAUUGUUUAGUAGUGGAAUUUUCAAGUGACGAAUCAAUCGUCCGUUAUUUUUGAAUUAGUACCAAGCGGUUGUUUGAAAAUAGAACACCUCAAGAUGAAUACUGUGACAAUAUUAUUUGGCAUCUUACUUUGCACGGCUGCGGCAAAUAGCCGGCAAUACAACGAUCGAGUCGAUACAGAAGUAACGUCAGAUGAGUUGGAUCACAUCGGAAAAGCAAGAGAUGAAGCUGCAAAUAAAAUGCGUCAUCGCCGAAGAAGAUGGCAAAGCAGUUAUGGAUAUGAUUACCCACCGCCACCUAUUCCUUAUUAUCCAGACAGAAGGGAAUAUGAGCGGCCAAAUCAACAGCAAGAUCUUCUACCUCAAAUAUUGAGACUUCUAGAUGAAAUAUCCAUUUACGUGAAACGACCUCCACCACCACCGCAACCAAUCUAUGUACCUUAUCCAGUACCUUACCCAGUACCUCAACAAUGUAUCUGUCAAGCAAAAGGUACCACUGAAAAAACUCCAACGCAGGUAACCCCCGAUGUUGACAAAAGAAUAAAACCAGAAAUAGAAGACGAACGACAGAAUUGGGGUAUAGUAGAUUCUAAUACGGACAGUGAAUAUGACGACAACGGUGAUGGAUCCCGGCCGAUAUCUUUCGAACCGAUAAAACCGAAACGACCUAUGCAACGACCGCCACCUGAUGUUGAUCAUGGAAGUAGCCAAGCAAAUAACGAUCUACAAACACAAGCAUCUAUAAAUUCUAAAACGGAUACUAAUUUGCCGAGAACAUCUUCUACUUGCAAUGGAGCGAUACUGUCUUGCUGCAACCAUCAACAACAAAAACAAUGUUUCACAAGGCUCGGCUGUGCCAUGACAUUCGCGAGGGGUAAUGCCUGUACCCAAGAUUCUAUCGCAACAGCGAUAGAAUCUUUUAAGAUAGCUUAUGCCCCUGUAUAUUGAGAAAAUGUAUAUGGAAUAAGUGCUUUAAUGUCAUCAGUAUUGUAGUGAUAUAAUCGUAUUAACGUCUGUUGUAAUUUUAUAUAUAUUCGGAAGUAUUCGCAAUAAAUUUAUUUCGACGGUUUCAAAUAGCCCUUGAAAUGAGUUUAAGUAAACAAUUUACAUUUGUGUAAAUUAUUAAGAGGUUGAAUCUUUUUAUUCUCGGCAUUUGGUGAAACUUUAAAUAUGUAUUGCAAGAACACUAACUUCAUCAACCUUCGGUUUAGUCCUUCGCGUUCGCUUUCUUCGUACUAGAAAAAGGAUUUUGUUCCACGAUAAAAAAAUCUUUCACAGUUUAAGUGAGAUGUUUUUAUUUAUCUGAUAAUAUUAAAAAAAAUAAUUUCAAGUUUUAAUGAUCACACAUUAAAAAGAACGUCUCUCAAUACUGUUCACGGAGAUUUAGUUCUCCAACCUUUCUUACAAUGAAUCUUGACUAUAUUGCUUAAAGUUGUUCACAGUAUCGUUUAUCAAGUGCUGAUUAAUGAACAUCGAUUCGAAUAAUAGUUCUAAAUUUGAAGUUUUGAAUAUAUUUACUAUAUGAUCUAUAGAAAUUCUGAAAUUAUUUGUAAAGUCCUAGAGUGAGCUGAGAUGUACUAACGAUUAGUUGGUAAUUUUAUAAUUUAAUAUAACUCUUGAAAUAUUAAAUGCCAUAAUAAUAAUGAUCCUUUUUCUGUUAAGAUUUAAUAUUUAUUAAACAUAUUAUAUGAAGGGUAUAUAGAUACACAUGUUGUAUGUGAUAUCGACCCUGAGGUCCUUCCAAUAUAUUCAGUGUUCAUGUAGGCGUUUGAGGAUGGUUAAGUAAAUAAAGAGGCAUUUAUAUAAGUAGGAACGAAUAGGUAUUAUUAUAAAUGUUUUAAUAAUGAGAAUUAUAUUUAAAAUUAAGCAAAGAUAAAAUAAGUCCUUCAGAGUGGCUCUGUUAUGUAAUUAAAAAUUAUCAGGAUACCAAAAACGGUAUAAAAUUAAUUUUUGUAAUUUAAGCGAUGUUAAUGUAAUAUCAUGAUGUUGGCAGCUACUUAGAUGAAUAAGUGUUCCUAGUCUGUUUUCUUAUGUAGUAGAUAUAUGUUUUGUAUAUGACCUUGUAUUAUUGUUAGUAAUAAAAUCUAAAUUAACAAGGAGAA